UCCGUACAGAUCACAAGGAGCAAAAAUACCAUGGCGAAGGUCGGGGAUAAGAGCGGCUGCAGCAGAAACAAAGGCUUGAAACGCAAAGCCGCUACUGAAGAACCUCAGGAGGCUGCAGUCGCUGAGGAUGGGACGACGGAAAGUGGGGUCCAACUCUCGAAGGCGGCUGCCUUUCCUCCAGGCUUCAGCGUUUCGGAGAUUAAGAACAAACAGCGGCGACACUUAAUGUUCACGCGGUGGAAACAGCAGCAGCGGAAGGAAAAGUUGGCAGCUAAGAAAAAACUUAAAAAAGAGAGAGAGGCUCUUGGUGAUAAGGCUCCACCAAAGCCUAUACCGAAGACCAUUGACAACCAGCGAGUGUAUGAUGAAACCACAGUAGACCCUAAUGAUGAAGAGGUCGCUUAUGAUGAAGCUACAGAUGAAUUUGCUUCUUACUUCAACAGACAGACUUCUCCCAAGAUUCUCAUCACUACAUCAGAUAGACCUCAUGGGAGAACAGUACGACUCUGUGAACAGCUCUCCACAGUUAUACCAAACUCACAUGUUUAUUACAGAAGAGGACUGGCUCUGAAAAAAAUUAUUCCACAGUGCAUCUCAAGAGAUUUCACAGACCUGAUUGUUAUUAAUGAAGAUCGUAAAAUACCAAAUGGAUUAAUUCUGAGUCACUUGCCAAAUGGCCCAACUGCUCAUUUUAAAAUGAGCAGUGUUCGUCUGCGUAAAGAAAUUAAGAGAAGAGGCAAGGACCCCACAGAACACAUGCCUGAAAUAAUUUUAAACAAUUUUACAACACGGCUGGGUCAUUCUGUUGGACGUAUGUUUGCAUCUCUCUUUCCCCAUAAUCCUCAAUUCAUUGGAAGGCAGGUUGCCACAUUCCACAAUCAACGGGAUUAUAUCUUCUUCAGAUUUCACAGAUACAUAUUCAAGAGUGAAAAGAAAGUGGGAAUUCAGGAACUUGGACCACGUUUUACCUUAAAAUUAAGAUCUCUUCAGAAAGGGACCUUUGAUUCUAAAUAUGGAGAAUAUGAAUGGGUCCAUAAGCCCCGGGAAAUGGAUACAAGUAGAAGAAAAUUCCAUUUAUAAAGUACUGAGGGGAUAGUAUUGGAUUGUGCUGAACAGGCCUAUCUUGAAUUUAUGAAAGAAGACCCUUCUCAAAAUGGCAUUUACUGAUUUCAUAAGCCUUCUGUCAUGUCUGGAUAAAGUACCAAGUGCCAUGAAUUGCCAUUCACUAUUUAUAUAGCAAAUAAAAGGUCAUUUUGAUAAGAGUUUAUAAAUUCAAGUUUCCUAAAGCUUAAUUCUCUUAUUUUUAGGUAAUUGUUAAUAGUUGAAAUUGGGAUCAGCAUUCAAACUAACAUUUCUGUUUGUACUUUCAUGGAACAUGUGGGCUGGAGAGAAAUACAGUGCUUGGUAGAUACUGUGUAGCCCACUGUUUUCUAUCAGACUGAUCUUCAUAGUUUUAAUUCUGUUUCCCGAAAAUACAUAUAUUUGGGGGUGAGGUUUCUAGGAUGUAUUAACAUUUCCUUAAGCCUUUCAAGAAGGGUAGAAAUUUUUAAAGCAAAGUGGUUUGCCAAGGACUUAAAGCAAAAGUUGCAAAUUAUUGAUGGUAGUCUUUGGUUCCCUUUUCCUUGGUACUUCUUUAUCUCAUUACAUUGUACUGUACUUGCUCCACUCAGGAAUUACCUCGGGCUCUGAAAUUUUUCUCUUCCAUCUUGUAACGCAAUUCUUAUAUAUCUAGUCUUUACUGUCCUUACUAGGAAAGCCAUCUGUUAUUAAGUAAAUAACUUCUAGGUGUAACGGUUAAUACCCCACAAAGUAGUUCAUUAGAAAACAAAGUUAACCCUGUAAAUAACUCAUGAAUAGAAACUAGUAUUAUUAGCAGCCUCCUCCUGACCUUAAAAGAAUAAAUUUGCAACAUACCUUUAAUUCUCUAGCAGUCUUGCAAAUGUAUGGCAUAAAGUUAUGUGAGAUGAG